CCUGAAUGUUCCACCCCAAGCACCUUGGAGGGUACGGACUCCCUACCCCAUAACCAGCCCCUCCAUUGAGAGCCCUAACGGUUCCCGGGACCUCUGUUAAUCUGUGAUAUUUAAUUCCGAUCAGCAUCCGUUGAGUCUUGCUCAGAACCAGAGCCACGCCUUUUCGGCAUCCCGUUCACGAUCGUCUGUCUUGGUGCCACGAACCAAUCCAUCGGGACGAACACCUCGCCAGAUCGAGACGUGAUUGACAUCGAAAGUUUUUCCUCCAACCCUCCGUGCUCACCGUCAUUCCGAGAACCACCUGCCUUCGACGCGCGCGAUCAAAUUUCAACAACGCCGAGAUUCAUUUGCAAACCGUCCCGUAUAGAUCCCUACAGACUGCGGACAGUCCCCGGCGCGAUAUUUAACAGAUCCCUGCAAGCGAACAACAACAAUCCUACAUAGACCCUCACUCGCCGAAUCUGCCCUUUCUUGCUCUCACUUGGCAUAUCCCAUGGUACCCGAAAGCGCGCUACGUGUUACGUCACGGGGGAAAAGCAUCGGGCAGUGAAUACUGCGAUAGAUGUGGAGGUGAAAGGGGAACUCUUUUCAUGAAAUCGGGCGCAAAGUUGCGCUUCGAGGGAAAAGUUUCGCCUGCUGCCUCGAAUCCUGGGCUAUAAUUUUAUGGACAACAGUAUAUUACGCGAUAUCAAUGUCAUCAACCGUUGGCGGACACCUGCUCCCGCAGAAUGACUUCGAUAUUCCUUUAAAUCUCGCCGCUUCACCUUCUGUAUCAGCGAUACCUGACUGUUCUGGAAAUGGAGGAGCGUAUCAGAUAGCAGCGAAGGUGGAUUCGAAUCCAUCACAGAACGCUACUGUGAAGCAACAAAGUGCCGUUGGCAGCACUGUUGCUGGAGCCGCCGCCGCGGGGCGGGGCGCUGGGCCAGCAACACGGCCGGAUGCACCCAAAUCUAAGCGUGUCAGGACCGGUUGUCUAACAUGCAGAGAGCGGCAUCUCAAAUGCGAUGAAACUCUUCCUCGUUGCCAGAACUGCCAGAAGUCGGAUAGACUGUGCAAACGUGGAGUUCGUCUAAAUUUCAUCGAUACUCAGGUUGCCGCACCCCCAUAUGCCGUGCCCUCCAGCCAUGAUUGGCAGGUAAACUUCCAUGAUGAAUCUCGCGAGAUAGCAUCGGAGUACCUAGGCGGCUACGAGAGGUAUCCUUCAUUAAAAAGGGAGACCCCAAGUCGGCGAGCUGGCCCCGCGUAUUCCUAUCGUGAGACACAAGCAAUGGCAACGCCACACCCAGGACUGACAAGUGCGUCAUUGCUGACUCCAUUUGCGGAGCAUCCGCAGCCAGACAUUACAGCGGAGCCAAUAUUCCAUAGCACGCCUCAAGCACCGGCCCCAGAUUCUGCAUAUACGGAACACGCGAUUGCUCGUUCUCCUUUUGAUGCCCCAAAACAUCCCUUGGCUCCAGCGAAUGAACUUCGACCCUACUUGAAUACCGCAGAGGAGGUAUUACUUAUGCAGGUGUACGUGGAGGAAGUAGGACUUUGGAUGGAUUCCAUGGAUCCUGGAAAACACGUAUUAAAUCCUUCAUUCGGUGAAGAGAAGGCGCUAUAUUAUUACAACAUUUCGACUAGAGAUCUCCUAACCUGUUUACAAGAUCCGAAUCGUGAUACGGUGCUGUGUGCAACCACAGCAGUGGUCCUUAAUGUUUAUGAAGUUAUGUGUGAAAAGGCCAUGCAGAGAAUGAAUCAUAUCGCUGGUGCCCGUGCGUUGAUCAAGGAAUGCCGCUGGAAUGCCAAAACAACUGGUAUUGGCGGCGCAUGUUUCUGGUUGAAUGUUGGCAUGGAACUGCUGAGUUGCCUCCACUUCAACUGGAAAAUGGCCUGGGAUCCGGAUACAUGGGAUAUCGAUAUGAACAUGAGCCUGAAUCAAGGGAGCAUCGCGGGCGAUGAGGAGUUUUGGACCCAUCGAAUGUUAUAUAUAUGUGCGAAAAUCGCAAAUUAUCGAGCCACUAUGGCGUACCAAGGGCUUGAUCGAAGUUCCCAUGAUCCCAGGUUAAACCAGCGUUGUGAGGAGUGGAACGCGCUGCGAGCUUGGUGUGAUGAGUGGGCAAGAUGUGCCCCGAGAUCUAUGAUGCCGCUGGGUUAUUUACAUCCAUGGGAAACAAACUCGAAGUCAUCAUUCCCCGAAGUUUGGCUCAUCAAACGCUCCGCUGUUGUUGGCCGCCUAUUCUACCAUACUGCUUGUUGCCUCUUGGCAAAAGUGCAUCCUACGGAGUCAGAAUAUUCAGAUGAGAUGCUGUCCAUGCAGCAUACUCAUGCGCAUGAUAUUUGUGGCAUUGUAGCACAUGUGAAAGACAGGGGUGUUGCCAGCGUCUCAAUUCGAUGCCUAGCUAUUGCAGCGGAAUGUGUUGUUGGAAGAGAGGCUCAAGAGGAAGUGAUUGCCAUUUUGGAUAAAAUCAUCAAGGAGACAGGAUGGCAAGUUGGCUUUCUACAGCAUGAACUUAUCGAGAAAUGGGGUUGGAAUAGCGCCACCUCACAUAUGUCGCCGCAUCAAAGUCAGCAUCCGCAGAUGGCAGCAGCUGGGCCUUCUACAGACCUCGGGUCCUCUUUGCUGAAUUCCGCAUUGCCAAGCGCGCCUCCAUCAAGACCCAGGAUGCCACAGGGCAUCGUCAACCCACUUAUGGCAACCGCAGACUUUUCGUUCGACAAUCACCCGUAUCAGAAUCAUUACGUUGCUCCGCAUAAUAAUCAUUUGAACAACUACCACUAUGGUUCCUACUGAGAGUGAUUCGGGGAAAGUAAGGUACCUCCAAAGGCUUCAUUCACGAAGGCUCGAUUGAGGACGAAUCUUCUGUUGUGCCUCCUUGUCAUGCAUUUUGAGCGGCCUGAUAAACGGACCUUAAUGUAUAUACAGUCUUGCUAAUAGCCCGCUCAUCCUUGUUGCUGCGCAUACGCGUUCAGGAUCAUUUUUCCGCUUGCAGAUACGCUUGGCUCUUUUCCAUGAUAUUGCCUGUGUAUAUACCACAACUGCAGUUUGAUCGAAGCCUACUCAUAUUUUAGGUUUCUUUGGUCUAGCUCGCAUAUUUUGGCCAAUAUGCAUGCUAGAAUUAUUUUGUG